AUGCAAUGUAGGGAACCGCCCGCUAGCCAAGCGAGCUUUGGGGAGGAUACGGCGAAAGACGGGAUUAAGAAGGCGGUUGAGGCAGCGGAGAAUGUGGGGGAGAGUGCUAAAAAGACCAUGGAUGGAGCUUGGAGAGCGGCUAAAGAUGGUGCACAAGGUAUCAAAGAACGAGUUGUGGAUGAGGAUGACGAUGAGUUUACAGAAGAUGUAGCGGUGGAUGAGAUUAGGAAAGUGGAUCAACUUGUCGAUACCCAAGAAUAUAGAAGUAUUGAGGAGGAAUUGAAGAAGGUAGAUUGGUGAUGAGGU